UCGGAUCAACAUCAACCGAAUAUCAUAAACAUCGAAAGUUGUUUUUUUUAAAUCUGUGAUCCCGGCAAAAACUGUGGUUUUUUUUACUAAUGCAAUGAUAAUUUUGAAACAUUUUUACAAAUAUCCACUGACCAAAUGAUGGAGGUGCCGCGUCCAUUAAAACAUUUGGUACAAAAAGUCAUGAGAGGAUUCUAUCCAUGUGAACAUAUGAUUGUAGUUGAUCUAUUAAUACGACGAGUCGUCUUAAAAGAAGAUGAUAUGAUUGAAUUACUUCGAUUUGAAAAGAAACAGCUUCGCGGCGUUUUAGCUUUAUUAAAAAAUGAUAAAUUAAUCAAAUUUAAGCUUAGAAUGGAGACCGGCCUCGAUGGUAAAGCUUUUAGGCAAAAUUAUUAUUAUAUCAACUACAAAGAUUUUGUUAAUGUUAUAAAAUACAAACUUGAUCAUAUAAGGAAAAAAUUCGAGUUGAUUGAUCGUGAUAAUACAUCGAGAGCUUCGUUCAUCUGUUCUUAUUGUAAAAAAUCAUUCACCGAUCUUGAAGUCGACAUGUUGUUGGACAGUUCCGGCGAGCUCAGAUGUACACAUUGCGGUAGUGAGGUUUGCGAAGAUCCCAAUCAUCUACCUAAAGCCGAUUCUAGAAAAAUGUUGGCAAAAUUCAAUGAAACAAUGGAACCAUUAUAUAUGUUGCUCAAAGAGAUUGAAGAUAUUCGAUUGACAGCCGAAUUAUUGGAUCCAGAUAUCGACAGUCGAAUCGAACAACCACAACAGAAUUAUGAUGGUACAUUUUCUACCGGCAAAUGGAGUGAUAAAAAUAAAGGGCUUUUUGGCCAUGCAAUGGCAAAUAUGAAUCAUUUCAAUGUCAAAAUUGAUGAUACCGAUUCAUCGAAUAAUAGUCAAAAUCAACCGAAAAAAGAGCAGCCAAUCUGGAUGAUGGAAAGCACAAUAUCAGGUGCAGCAAAUAGUAUGGGCAUAGAAAAUGGUGGCAAGAUGAACAAAAUGGUUAAUGGUAAUGCAAUGAAUACAUCGGCAAAUACUCGCCCAUUAAUCGAUACAAUUGAUCUGCCAUCAAGUUUAAUUGAGCUUAGCUCUGAGCAAGCCAAAGAAGUUUUAGAAAUUCUAUUAUCAUAUGAAAAACCUAAUGAUCCUCGAUGGUUUAGAAUAUGUAAAUAUUUUGGUUUUGCUAAUGAUCCUGAUGAUGAAGGUGUUGAUUUUAACGAUAUGAAUGAUGAUCCAAUGAAUCAAAAUGGUAAUAAUAAUAUUAAUGUCGAUAUGAAUUUUUUCAAUCAUCUACCAUUUAUACGUGUAAAUGGUCAUCUUGUUUCAUUGAUUGAUCUAUCCGAUGAACAUAUUGUCAAAAUGAAUGAUAUGGAAAAACAAGACUAUAUUAGAACAGCACAGCAACUAUAUGCAACCGUUUUCGAUAUUUAAUAUUCAUUCAUAAUA